GCAGGACCAAGUUGUGAGACCGGGACAGCGCUCACUGUCACAAGGUCGGGUUCUGACUGACAGAACAACUCUGUGACUUCGUUUAAGGGGUUCAGGAUCACUGGUGGUUGGAUGGCAGAUGAGGUUGCGCUGACCAGCUUGCGAGAUGAAGAAUCCCUCCGGUUCUUUCAUGUCUUGUGCCACCGCGACUCGGCCGCUCGUCGGCUGGGCAUUGACUCAAUCCGGAAAACUUUUGAUGCUUGGCUGGAUGGAUACGGCAGCCCUAAACAGAUACAUGGCGAAACGGACAUCAACGGGUUUCAGCCCAUAGUGACAGAAUAUCUCCCUGAACUUCUGUGUCUUUCGAGCCAGUGCCCCUUUGAUGACGUACGCGAAGCACUCGCAGACAUUCUCGAGGAUGUCAAGAAGCGAGGUCGAGGUCUUCAUGUGCCCCGUCGAUUGGAGAAGGGGGCGAGUCACUUCAUCUCGGAAAAAGAGGUACUUUUAUGUAACAUGCUUUACACACAAAUUUGUUGUCUUAAGGGGAGUUAAAACAAAUCCAUAUAAAA